AUGACUACAAUCAAGGAAAUGCUUGAAAAUGUUGAAAAGGAUAUAGAGAAAGGAAGUAUUACAGUUGAUUUAAUGAAAGGUGUUAUAAGUAUUCUAAAGAAAUUGUAUAAACAAAUAGAGCAAACUGAUGAAGAACUUAAAAAUAUACAAUUAAAGAAAAUUAAUAAAAAUAUUUCUGAAGUAAGUGAAGAUGAAACAACACAAAUUAACGAAAGUAUUACACCAAUGAUUGCAUGUGCAACAAUUAUUCCUCCAUGUCAUUCAGAAAGUGAACUAUCAUUAAGUCCAGUUAAUUUUCAAUUAACAUCAAUAAAUUCUUCAACACAAUUAUCAAAAUAUAUUAGUAGUAAAGAAUUAAGUUCUAUUGAAAAAUAUAAAAAGGUAUUAAAAAGCUGGACUAAACAACGAGCAUUUAAAGUUCUUUAUAACUCAAAUUAUGAAGGAUUAAAUUGUGAACAUUUAAAUAAGAAAAUUGUUGGAACAAAAGACCUUAUGGUAUUUGUAUUUGAUAAUAAAAAUAAUAUUUUUGGUGGAUUUACAAGAAGUUGUAUUCCAAUUUGUAAAAGAAAUGACUUUGAAUAUACCCAAGGACCAGAAGAAUUUUUUGUAUUUUCGUUAAAUAAUAGUAAAGGAUUUAAUCCAAUAAAAAUAGAAAGAAAACAAGGGGAUUUAGGGUUUAGAAUAAGUAAUGACAAUGAUAGUGUAUUUGGUAUAGCUAAUUGUUUCUCAAUUAUUAGUAAUGACAGGUCAUAUAUCAUUCCUUCAUUUAAUAAAUAUUAUAACGAUACUACUCAAGUUGGUGCAGAAUUAUUUACUGGAAAUUAUUAUCCUAAGAGAUUCAAAGUUGAAUGUUUAAUAGCAGUGCAAUGGUCUUAA